AUGGCGACCGAGAAACGCAACUUUUCCCCUCUGUCGUUCUCCUCCAAGAAAUAUCUCAAUGGUGACGCUGGGUCGGGCACACACACUCCCACAACAACUAAGCUCAAGAACUUCUUCCGCAUCACAAGCGGUGGCAGUCAGACCCCGAUAAGCUCCGACGGGUUACCGACCCCCAAACCUGAGUCGAAGCCCGUCAAGCAAUCAAGAUUCCUCACAGGUUUGAACAGAAAUCGAUCAACCACGAUAGCGAGCGAAGGCCAUCCUCUAGACGAUGCGAUUGUGUCCCCGACCGCUCAAGCCAACCCCUACUUUGUCCAUCAAGGUCCUCCCAACCUACGACACCGCAAUGAAGGCAGCGUACCCCCCUCGCCUCCUGAUACUCCCGAAAUUCAGAUCAAUGGCACGUCCCCCGAAGAGAAGGCGCUUGCGGCCGGUAGAGAGGAACUGGCCCGGAAACUCAGAAGGGUGGCCUCCGCGCCAAAUGCCCAAGGUCUUUUCAGUGGAGGCAAGAGCGACGGGAACAGGCCUCAGACGGCGGAAUUGGGUAAAGAACCGCUCGGAGUUCUUUCUGGCUCGCCGCCUAAAUUGGACAUGAUGUCCCCAGAGGAUGCUGGGCCCUCCAGUCUGCCCUUACCUGGGAGCCAACUUCCCCUCCCCGGUCAAAUUCGGCAGUCGGUCGCUUUUAGAAGAACGUACAGCUCCAAUUCGAUCAAGGUGCGCAACGUGGAAGUGGGUCCCGGAAGCUUUGAUAAGAUUAAGAUGAUUGGUAAGGGAGAUGUGGGCAAGGUUUACCUGGUUCGCGAGAAGAAGUCAGAUCGGCUGUAUGCCAUGAAAGUGCUCAGCAAGAAGGAAAUGAUCAAACGAAACAAGAUCAAGAGAGCGUUGGCCGAGCAGGAGAUCCUCGCGACCAGCAAUCACCCUUUUAUUGUCACUUUAUACCAUUCGUUUCAAUCCGAGGAGCAUUUGUAUCUAUGCAUGGAAUAUUGCAGUGGCGGGGAGUUCUUUAGAGCUCUGCAAACCCGUCCCAACAAGUGUAUCGGAGAAGAGGACGCCAGGUUCUAUGCCGCCGAAGUCACGGCUGCACUGGAGUAUCUGCAUCUGAUGGGCUUCAUCUAUCGGGAUCUGAAACCGGAAAAUAUCUUACUUCAUCAGUCAGGUCAUAUCAUGUUGUCCGACUUCGAUUUGUCCAAGCAGUCAGAUUCUGGCGGAGCACCUACCAUGAUCUUGGGCACGCGCAAUGCAUCCAACCCGACGGGAUACCCUCUGGUCGACACAAAAUCCUGCAUUGCCGAUUUCCGAACCAACUCCUUUGUCGGUACUGAAGAAUAUAUUGCUCCCGAGGUCAUCAAAGGCAACGGACAUACCAGUGCCGUCGAUUGGUGGACUCUUGGGAUAUUGAUCUAUGAGAUGUUAUUCGGAACCACACCGUUCAAGGGCAAGAACCGCAACGCAACCUUUGCCAACAUCCUUCGGGACGAGGUACCGUUUCCCGAUCAUUCACACGCACCUCAAGUGAGCAAUCUAUGCAAAUCGUUGAUCCGGAAACUUUUGAUCAAGGACGAGGUCAAACGAUUAGGGUCUCGAGCGGGUGCCUCGGACGUGAAGAACCAUCCCUUCUUCCGGCCCAUCACCUGGGCACUCCUCCGGCACAUGAAACCUCCCAUGAUCCCUCAUCAGGGCAGGGCCAUCGACACUUUGAACUUCCGGACGGUCAAAGACAGCGGCAGCGUUGAUAUUGGAGGCACCCCCAGCCGCUUGAAGGGGGUUCCUCUUGACUCGGGUAUGGCGACGCCUGGCGGGGAGAUCGCAGAUCCCUUCUUGGAGUUCAACAGCGUAACGUUGCACCACGAUGAUGAAGAUAUGAUGAUGAUGGCCGGCGGACCGGUACAGAAUGGACGAUGA